AUGCAGCGCAUGACGUCGAGCCUGGACACGGAUGACGUGAGCGGGUUCGUUAUAAACGAGUACAACGUCACUGUGCUGCACAUCGCCGCGGCGUUUCUUGUCGACGCGUCCCCGGUUGGCAAGGCGUCGAGCAGCGGCGUGUGGAACAUCAAUCUCGACAAGCCGCACAGCAGCUGGGCCAAGAUCCUGGAUGACAUCGAUGUCUUCAUCUUCAACGCAGUCUACAACCCCGAUUCAUGCUGCAUCCCCAACCAACAUCCUGACCUACCGCCUUCUGUCUACUCCCGCUUCCUCUCCCGCUACCGCUCCCCUUCCCCGCGUCCGCGCGCGCCGCAGGCGCCUGACAACCUCCGCCAGUACUACAUCGGCGGGGUGAAGCAGAGCGGGCUGACCGGCUUCUCCGCGAUGAAAAUCGCGCUCACGACGGUGCGCAACACGAUCGUCAAGUCCAACUACCGCGGAAUCCCCGUGCUGCUCACCUUCUCGCCGUUCCACUACAGCGACUCUUUCGAUACGGGCAAGGACUGCGCGGGGUGGUGGCGCCCGAUGACCCAGGAUGAAUUCCAGGUGGCGCUUGAGAAGAGCGAGGCGGCGGAAGCGGUGAAAGAGCAGCUGUCGGUGUUCACGAAUAGUGGCGGAAGCGGCGUGACCGCGGUUGGGGGCAAGGGCGCGAAGGGGAGCGGAAGCGUAAGCGGGAGCGGAAGCAAAAGCGGAAGCGGAAGCGGGAGCGGAAGCGGAAAGAAGCCGACCACGAAGAGUGCGGCGGAGGGGCGGAGUGCAAUGGAGAUGGGGGAUGAGGGUAUGGGAGAAGAAGCGGAGGCGGAGUGGGGAGAUGAUGAGAAGAAAAAGGAUUCCAAAAGCUCCUCCUCCAGCAAGGAUUCCUCUUCGAGUUCAUCCAAAGACAAAAAGAGCUCCUCGUCCUCUAAGAGCGAUUCCUCUUCGAGUUCAUCCAAGGACAAGAAGACUUCCUCCUCCAAGAGCGGUUCCUCUUCGAGUUCUUCCAAAGGCUCCUCUUCCUCCAAGAGCUCGGGUUUGAGCAGUGACAGUAAGAAAGCUGUCCAGAGCUCCGACUCGUCUUCCUCUAAGAGCUCCGACUCGUCUUCCUCUAAGAGCUCCGGCUCGUCUUCCUCUAAGAGCUCCGACUCCAAGAGUUCUGGCUCUAAGUCCUCCGGUUCUAAGAGCUCUGACUCUUCGAGUUCUGGCUCCAAGUCUUCCUCUUCAAGUAAAUCCGGGUCGAGCAGCGACAGCAAGAAAUCCACUCAGAGCUCCGACUCCAAAAGCUCCGACUCGAGCAAAUCCUCCUCUUCAAGCAAGUCUAGUUCGGGCAGCGACAGCAAAAAAACUUCUUCCCAGAGCUCCUCCGACUCGAAAUCCUCAUCAAAUUCUUAUUCGUCCAAGUCAAAAUCGUCCUCGAAAAGUGGCUCUGAAUCCAAGGCCGCGAGCGACAGCGCGAUGCCGAAAAAACCAGGGACUGUCGUUCAGUCAUACGGAAACACCAACACGCAGUUCGGUAGUGUGAAGUUCAGCAUCCUCGAUAUAACACUCCUCAGCCUUAUUCGCCCCGAUGCGCACAUUCAGAAGUUUGGCGGAGAGGGGUCGAAGGUGGAUUGCUCGCAUUGGUGCACGCCUGGCCUUCCCGAUACGUGGUCUGAUAUCCUGUACUCCAUGCUUAUGAACUAG